GCGCAGUGGUCCGCGCGCAGCUGUCGCACAAUGGCCGCCUCUGCUGCGGGAAUAAACAAGCAGGGCGCCCUGGCCUCCAUCACCUCCAUCACAUCCGGCACCGGCCCCACCACCAUGGAGCCGUGCGGCCGACACGGCAGGGCGGCGAGCGGAGGCGCGGUUAAGGUGCUGGAGUGCGGCGUGUGCGAGGACGUCUUCUCCCUGCAGGGGGACAAGGUGCCCCGCCUCCUGCUGUGCGGGCACACCGUGUGCCACGACUGCCUCACCCGCCUGCCACUCCACGGCCGGGCGGUGCGUUGCCCCUUCGACCGGCAGGUCACCGAGCUGGGGGACUCUGGAGUCUGGGGUCUAAAAAAGAACUUUGCCCUGCUGGAACUCCUGGAGCGUCUGCAGAACGGCGCCAGCAACCAGUCGGGCGUGGCAGAGGACGCCCUGACAGGGAUGGGAGAGGUGAGAAAAGCCUCACUUCCUGUCCGACAAGCAGACGCCAUAACCCCCCCUCCCUUCUCGCCGCAGUGCGUGAUCCGCUGCGACGAGGACGAGGGCCACACGGCCACCAUGUACUGCACGGUGUGCGCCACCCACCUGUGUGCCGAGUGCUCGCAGCUCACCCACUCCACGCGCACGCUGGCCAAGCACCGCCGCGUGCCGCUGGCCGACAAGCCGCACGAGAAGACGCUGUGCCCGCAGCACCAGGUCCACGCCAUCGAGUUCGUGUGCCUGGAGGAGGCGUGCCAGCCGGGGCCGCUCAUGUGCUGCGUGUGCAAGGAGUACGGCAAGCACCAGGGUCACAAGCACGCCGUCCUGGAGACGGAGGCCAAUCAGAUCCGGGCGUCCAUCUUGGACAUGGCGCACUGCAUCCGCACCUUCACGGAGGAAGUGUCCGAGUACUCCAGGAAGCUGCUGGGCAUCGUGCAGCAAAUAGAAGGCGGCGAGCAGAUCAUAGAAGACGGCGUGGGCAUGGCGCACACUGAACACGUCCCCGGCACAGCAGAGAGCGCUCGCUCCUGCGUGCGCGCCUACUUCGCCGACCUCCACGAGACGCUGUGUCGGCAGGAGGAGAUGGCGCUGAGCGUGGUGGACGCCCACGUGCGAGAGCGGCUGAUGUGGUUGCGGCAGCAGCAGGAGGACAUGACCAUCCUGCUGUCCCAGGUGUCCACCGCCUGCCUGCACUGCGAGAAGACGCUACAGCAGGACGACUGCCGGGUGGUGCUGGCCAAGCAGGAGAUCAGCUGUCUUUUGGAGACGCUGCAGAAGCAGCAGCAUCAGUUCACCGAGCUGGCGGAUCACAUCCAGCUGGACGCCGGCAUCCCCGUCACCUUCACCAAGGAUAACCGGGUCCACAUCGGGCCCAAGAUGGAGAUCCGCGUGGUGACCCUCGGCCUGGACGGCGCAGGAAAAACCACCAUCCUCUUCAAGCUGAAACAGGACGAGUUCAUGCAGCCCAUCCCAACCAUCGGUUUCAACGUGGAGACUGUGGAGUACAAGAACCUGAAGUUCACCAUCUGGGACGUAGGCGGGAAGCACAAGCUGAGGCCGCUGUGGAAACAUUACUAUCUCAACACUCAAGCCGUGGUGUUCGUGGUGGACAGCGGCCACCGGGAUCGUCUGAUGGAGGCACACGGCGAGCUGGCCAAGCUGCUGACGGAGAAGGAGCUCCGAGACGCCCUGCUCCUCAUCUUCGCCAACAAGCAGGACGUCCCCGGCGUGGUGUCCGUGGAGGAGAUGACGGAGCUGCUGGGCCUGCACAAGCUGUGCUGCGGGCGCAGCUGGCACGUCCAGGGCUGCGACGCCCGCAGCGGGGUGGGCCUCCACGAGGGUCUGGACUGGCUCUCCAGGCAGCUGGUGGCCGCCGGGGUCCUGGACGUGGCCUAGGACCUGCUGGACUGUGUGGAGACACUGGCAGGUACAGGUGUACUCACUACAACUACAUGCUCAUCACAACCAACUGAAGAGCUUUUAUGUGCCACAAUUCAUGAUCCGCAUUCAAACUAUCAUUUAUACUUUUUGUGAGGAAAAAAUCUAAAAUUAAUUUGAUCGAGACCAUUUUUUUCAUGACCGUUUUAUUUGUUUAAUGACCUUAAUAUGAAGAAAUCCAUCACUCAGUGUCAAAAGUGUAGUUUUUUAUCGUAGCAUUGCUAAUAGCUCUUUUGCUAAUUUUGCAGGUGUACACUUUAGCGUCAAACAUUUAGCAGCUUGUUAGCAUUGCUAACGUUAGUAUGCUUGCAUUUUUUAGCUAAUUACAUAGUUAUACACAGUUUGGUACUUGAGAGUUACAGUUAGCAUGCUAGAUUUGUUUGGCUAGCCUUAGAGUCAUAUGCCAACUGUAAUCGUGCUAAAGUUAGCACAGUCCUGUUAGCAUGCUAGUUUUUUGCGGGGUUUUUAGCUCAUAUUUUUUGUUACAUGACGACACAAUCAUUGGCACUUUAACUUAACCUGGCCGGCAUGCUAACUGUUAGCAUUUCAGUUUGGCUUUGGCUCUGGCACUGGCUCUUCAACUUGCACACUAAAUUUCUACAAAAAAUUGCAUUUUGUAGUUCUUUAAAAAGUGUGUGUAAAUGUGUGUGUGUAUAGUAAUGUAUAUAUGUAUGUGUAUAUAUAUAUGUAUGUGUAUAUAUAUGUGUGUGCCUAUGUAUAUAUGUAUGUGUGUGUAUGUAUAUAUAUGUAUGUGUGUAUAUAUCUAUACGUAUAUACAUAUACAUAUGUGUGUAUAUAUAUAUAUAUAUAUACAUAUUCAUAUUUAUGUAUGUAUAUAUACAUGUAUGUAUACAUGUAUAUAUACGUAUGUGUGUGUGUGCGUGUGUGUGUGUGUAUAUAUAUAUGUAUAUAUAUAUAUAUAUGGUGGCUGUUGUACUGGUUUUGAAAGAAAAAGUUUAGUUAAUUAUGUAGGUGGUACUUGAUGAGUGUUACAGUUAGCAUUUUAGCAUGAUAGAUUUGUUCGGCUCACCUUGGCGUCAUAUUUUGGGAUUUCACUAAUGCUAACUGUGAUCAUGUUAACAUUAAUAUGCUGCCUUUUUUGGCUAAUUAUGUAAGAUACAUUCCUUGGUACAUGAAGAGUGUUACAGUUAACAUUUUAGCUUACUAGAUUUCUUUGGCUGACCUUAGAGUCAUAUUUUAGGAUUUCACUAAUGCUAACAGUAAUUGUGCUACAGUUAGCAUGGUUCUUAGUUUUUUGGGUUUUUUUAGCUCAUAUUUUUUGUUACAUGACGCUAUCUGGCCAGCAUGCUAACUGUCAGCAUUUCAGUUUGGCUUUGGCUCUUCAACGUUCACACUAAAUUUCUACCAAAAAUGCAUUUUGUAGUUCUUUAAAAAAAUAUAUAAAUGUUGUACUGGUUUUGAAGGGAAAAGUAGAAAAAGUUUGGGCGCCCCUGACUUCGGGCAUUAAACAUUUAAAGCGGUCAUUGAACACACACAUUCUGUCAGGAAAUAAGGAGAAUUAUUUCACAAUCUAACAAAUGAAUGGACAAUUUCAUACUUAAAUUAUUUGACUUUGGCACAAAAACUGCCUCCAUAGUAAUUACUCUAAACCUUUUGGUGUACAUUUGGGGCGUUAGCAAUAGCAGCUUUUCUUUCUUGGGGGUCUUCAGAGUUGUCGUGCUCUCUGUUACACAACAACAACGUUUACUGACAUUGUAUUUAUGAGGGACUUUUACCCGCCUACCUUUUUGUUUGUUUUUGCACGUGAACUGGGUGGAGCGCACUGGUUUGCUGCCUGGCCAUCAUUCAGUGGAUUCUUAACAGACUUUCAUCCCCUCCAGUAUUAAUUGUUGAGCAUCCUUCUGUGACGUAAUGUGAAAUGACUUUGUCUCGUUAGCCAGGACGUGGCUUCAUGACUACUUGUAUAGAUGAUAUAUAACACCUCAAUAAACGCUGUUUUCCACAUAGUUUGCAACUAAAAAACAACAACGUAGAAGCACAAGGCGCCUCUAAGAAAACCUUUGUUGCCAUCCCACCCGGCUUUUGUAAAUAAUUCAUAUUGUGAUGCUGUAAAAUAAACUAAUUGACCCUA